ACUAUUAUUCUUAAUGGCGGAUCUGUUAUGAUGAGUGAUCAAUACACGUACAAUUCCCAAGAAUUACAUUCAUAUCGUUUACAUCAACUAGAAAAAGAGAGUGAAUCGUAAGUGGUAUCACUUAUCUACAAUUCUUGUUUCAAGCAAUUGAAUGUCAACUGUUCCGAGUUUAUAUUUGUGUAAUUGUGGAGCGAGAUGAACCUGAUAAAAUCGUGAGUGUAACUCAUUAUUUCACUAUUAAUACCGCCACUAGUACGAAUCUUUUCCAUCUUAAUAAUUCCUCUUAGUGAAUCCUAUUGGAGCGACGACCAAGUCACUGUGAGGUAAACCUUGUGUAGUUUGCUUAAGUCGAUCGCUCUUUCAAUGCAAUCUCGAAUAGGCUGCAUUGAUUUAAUUUUGCAAGUUUUUAAUAUAUUAUUUUUUGUUUGAAACGCACUUGCGGAUUGUUCUUUUAUUUUCAAUUAAUGUUCAAAAGAAUUUAUUAUCUUCAAAAAGUUCUUAUAAUUUGUAUUUUUAGGUAUGGAUCAUCGAAUAGGAGGUCGGAUGAAAUUCCGUUAAUGGUGAGUGAUGACGGUUUUGACUCAGAUGAAAGUGAAUUUCUCAUUCAACCCCGACGACAGAGAUCGGACCGAACCGGGUGCUGCAGCAAGAUCUUUUCGUUCUUUACAAAUUGUUGCAACAGGUUAUCCGAGGGUUUGGCAAAAUCUUGCCGAAAGGAGAAGGAAUACAAGUCAAGAUCAGUGUUAAUCGGAAAAGAGAAUAGUAAAUAUGCCGAAGUCUUUCCUCCAAAUAUUAUUAGAAAUCAGAAAUAUAACAUCUUCACUUUUAUACCAUUGGUACUUUUCGAACAAUUUCGAUUCUUUUUGAAUCUCUACUUUUUAAUUAUGGCCCUUUCACAAUUUAUUCCUGAAGUUCGCGUUGGAUAUUUAUAUACAUAUUGGGGACCAUUAGGAUUUGUAAUUUCUGUUACUAUGCUAAGAGAAGCAAUAGAUGAUAUUCGACGUUAUAGAAGGGAUAAAAUAAUUAAUGGUGAAAAAUAUAAAAAAUUGACUCCAAAUGGAGUAAUUAAGAUUUCAAGUUCAGAAAUUCACGUUGGUGAUUUAAUUAUAAUAGAAAAAGAUCAGAGAGUUCCUGCAGAUGUAGUAUUUUUGCGAACUACUGAAAAGAAUGGGUCAUGCUUUAUUAGAACAGAUCAGCUUGAUGGUGAAACUGAUUGGAAGUUAAGACUAGCUAUAAGUAAUACGCAACAACUACAAUCGGACGAAGAAUGCUUUAAUAUUAAUGCGCAAGUUUAUGCUGAAAAACCUCAAAAGGAUAUUCAUAGUUUCAUUGGUACUUUUAGCAGAUCUGAUGAAAGUAGUUACGAAGAUUCUUUAAAUAUCGAAAAUACACUGUGGGCAAAUACUGUUGUUGCUUCCGGCACUGCCUUAGGUAUUGUUAUAUAUACAGGUAAUGAAACUAGAAGCGUUAUGAAUACAUCUCAACCAAAAAGCAAAAUUGGUCUUUUGGAUAUUGAGAUAAAUACUCUCACAAAGAUGCUAUUUUUCGCUGUUGUAGUAUUAAGUUUAGUUAUGAUGAUAAUUAAAGGUUUUGGUGGUCCAUGGUACAGUUUACGCGUCAAUUUGGAUAUGGGUAAAGUGGUCUAUUCGUAUUUCAUUCAAAAAGAUAAAGAAAUGCCUGGAUGCGUUGUCCGUUCAACAACAAUUCCAGAGGAGUUGGGUAGAAUCACCUAUCUUUUAUCAGAUAAAACAGGGACUCUUACACAAAACGAAAUGGUGUUUAAAAGACUUCAUCUUGGUACAGUCUCAUUUAGUUCUGACUCAAUGGAUGAUGUAAAAAGUCACUUGAGAACAAGUUUUCAGAGUAAAUCCGAAGGCUCCGGUAAAGUUAGGAAAACUGUAGUAUCCAGGGUUCAUGAUGCUGUGAAAGCAAUAGCCCUUUGUCACAAUGUAACUCCGGUUUUCGAGGAAAUCGAUGAAACCCCAGAGCAAAACGAAGCUAAUAUGCAAGGCUCUGAAUCUGUUGUUUACCAGGCAUCAUCUCCAGAUGAGGUUGCUCUAGUCAAAUGGACAGAAUCUGUUGGAUUAGGAUUGGUUAAAAGGGACCUAAAUUGUAUGACUUUACGAUCCCCCGAUAACCGUCACCAUGAAUAUGCAUUACUAAACAUAUUUCCGUUUACUAGUGAAACUAAACGAAUGGGGAUUAUAGUUAGAGAUUCAUCAACAGGAGAAAUAACUUUCUAUAUGAAAGGUGCUGACUCUGUCAUGCAGUCAAUCGUGCAGUACAACGACUGGUUAGAUGAGGAAUGUGGAAAUAUGGCUCGCGAAGGUCUUCGAACAUUGGUUGUGGCAAAAAAAUCUUUAACCGAAGAUCAAUACAUAGAUUUCGAACAACGUUUUAAUAACGCUAAAAUGAGCGUUGAACAAAGAUCAGCUCGUGUUGCAGCGGUAUUGGAGGGAUUGGAGAGAGAUAUGGAAUUAUUGUGUUUAACUGGAGUUGAAGAUAAACUUCAAGAUAAUGUACGGUCAACACUGGAGCUUCUACGUAACGGAGGGAUAAAAGUAUGGAUGUUAACUGGUGAUAAAUUAGAAACGGCUACUUGCAUUGCUAAAUCUUCAAGAUUAGUAGGAAAAACUCACGGAAUUCAUACUUUUAAAACUGUUAAAACGAGAGAAGAGGCUCAUGCUGAACUAAAUGCUUAUAGAAGAAAACACGAUUGUGCUCUUGUAAUAACUGGUGAAUCAUUGCAAGUCUGCUUGCAAUUUUAUGAACACGAGGUCGUCGACUGGGCUUGUCAGGCCCCAGCUGUUGUUGUUUGUCGUUGCUCACCUACUCAAAAAGCUGACAUUGUAAAAUUAUUGAAAAAUCAUCAGGGUAAACGAACUUGUGCGAUUGGCGACGGGGGUAAUGACGUUUCUAUGAUACAAGCAGCUGACGCUGGCAUUGGUAUUGUGGGAAAAGAGGGAAUGCAAGCAUCCCUUGCAGCGGACUUCUCAAUUAGUCAAUUCGCCCAUUUGGGACGUCUUCUUUUGGUUCACGGAAGAAAUUCAUAUAAACGUUCUGCCUCGCUCAGUCAAUUUGUUAUUCAUAGAGGUUUAAUUAUAUCAACUAUGCAAGCAGUUUUCUCGUCAGUCUUUUUUUUUGCAUCAAUUUCCUUAUUUCCCGGCUUUUUGAUGGUUGGCUACGCUACUGUAUUUACUAUGUUUCCAGUAUUUUCCCUGGUACUUGAUAAGGAUGUUUCUGCAAAUAUAGCCAUGACUUAUCCCGAAUUGUAUAAAGAAUUAACAAAAGGUCGCUCUUUAUCGUUUAAGACUUUCUUUUUAUGGGUUCUUAUUAGCAUAUAUCAAGGUGGAAUAAUCAUGUACGGUGCUUUAAUUUUAUUCGAAAAUGAAUUUGUGCACAUAAUUGACAUAACAUUUUCAUCACUUAUUCUUACUGAAUUGUUAAUGGUGGCUUUAACUAUAAGAACUUGGCAUUACAUAAUGGUUAUAGCAGAACUUUUAUCAUUGGGAAUCUACAUAGCAAGCUUGGCUAUUUUAAAGAAUUACUUUGAUUCUGAUUUUUUGAAAACUCCGAGCUUUAUUUGGAAAGUUUCAGUGCUAACUGCAGUCAGCUGUAUUCCGCUUUAUGUUAUCAAAUUUUUAAGGAAGAGAUUUUCACCUCCUUCCUACUCAAAAUUAAAUUAA